AUGAUAAUGCAACCACCACCACCACCACCACCACCACCACCACCACCACCACCACCACCCCCACCACCACCACCACCACCACCACCACCACCCCCCCCCCCCCCCCCCCCCCCACCCCCCCCCCCCCCACCC